UUUUGUGUUAAACCUAUUUUAUUUAAUUCAAGUGGCACUGCCACUUUAUCAAAUGUCAGUUCUGAAAAAAAAUCCCAUAAAUCCAAAACAUUCAUAGUUUCUUUUUUCACCCAAUAGGUUUCAGUCGUUGUCAGGGUUUGUGGAUGUUCCUGGAUCGGAGCUCCUUCGCUGAAGUACACAUCUUGCUCCAGAGGCUACAGAACCUGCUCAUCUUGGUUCAGUGGUUGAGAAAACAACGAGGUCCGUUCAGCAACAAGACGGAUCAGCUUGACAUAUUCUAAUCAUUCCAGCACUAAUGUAAUCUUUUUUGACUAAUUUCCAAUUAGGUUUGAAGGCUCCAUGUAUGAUCUCCAGGGACACACAGCACUCACCGAAUGGCAGACAUGCCUGUUGGAACCAAGAGCUCUGCACUCUGAAACAACACAUCUGGCUGGGUCAGCUGGUUCAGUGGUGGGGCAUUAUGGGGCUUCUGCCCAGGUUACCUGGUACUGAUGUAUUUGUAAAUGGAUGAAUUGACAUGAUAGAAAGCAAUCACAUUGCUAAAGACUUUUGUGUUCCCUGUUGUUGCUGUCAGAAGCCCAAGAACUGAAACGUAUCUCUCAGAUGUGGAAGGAAAUGGAACUCAGCCAUCAGGAAAUGUGUCUUAAAACUGCUGGGUGGAAUAAGAGAGAGAUGGAAAGAUGUGGCUUUUUGAUCAAGGGCAUGGUGAUGCAGCUGUCCAAAAGACAUGGGUGUAUAUGGACUUCUGAAGACUGCUCAGAUCAAUGCUACCCUCCACCUUCUCUUCACUCACUUCUGAAGCUUGUCUUGGUUCCUUGUAUUGACAACAUGUUGGUCCAGGGUAUUGUAUCCAGUCAGCAAUAUGUCUAAGAACUCAUUACAUGGCAUUUAAAUGUACAUUCCUUUGCAAAACUUUAACAUUUUCACAUUUUGUCAUGCUACAACCUCAAAUCUCAAAGCAUUUUGAUUAGAUUAGAUUUAAUAAACUAGUGGAAUCCAAUCCUGGAGUUUAGACCUAAAAUAUUACAGCUUAUAGGUCAAGGGUUUGAAAUUCCAGUCCUCGGACAGUCAUAUCUUGGUUUGCAGAUGCGCCAUUAUUUCAAAUUUCAGAUCAGCAUGGCCUUUAUGAUGCUGUUGGUUCAUUGAUGUUCCCUAACAAACCUCUAAUGACUUCACAGAAACAGCGGGAUAUGUGGAAAAACAAUUAGUUAUUAUGAUGAACUACUUUGUAUUGGUCUAUCAUUUAAAAUCAAAAUGAAAUACAUCGAAGUUUGUGGUUGUAGCUUGGCAUAAUGUUGCAAAUAAUUAGUGCAGUCACCAUGGAUUAUGGUCCUUAACUCAUCCCAGCUAUUAUACUUCAUCCUGGAUGUGGCUAACUUCCUACAGUGCAAAGACAACCUUCUGCAGUCUUUUUGCCAUGCUUUCACAAUCCCUCACAGAUUUUCCCAUCAAAUCAAAGCCUUCUGGAUGUUUGAUCAUGGGCGCACAAAGGCCUCCAUGGAGCUCUUGUUGAGUCCCAAAGCUGCUGUCCCUCAAUUCUCCUGGCAACAUCGAUGCAUUAUCAUCUCUCUGCUGAAAAGCAACCAGCACCACAUGGCACUGAAGUAUCUCCAGUGGACUAAACCUCUCAUAGAAACCAUAGAGGAUGCAAAACUUUGUGCAGAAGUGUUUCUUCUAAGCAGGUGCUCUCUUAGCUUCUUUACCAACUGAGUAAUGUCUUGAAUUAUUGCUUGGCUGUUUAGUCCUUCUGUUUCUCCACCUACACAGUUGUCUGUCUGAUGCUUGGGCUUUGUUGAAAAGAAGCCACACAGAAAAUGAGGAUAUGGUCAUGUACUUCCUCCAGGCCUGUAAAGGUGUGAAUCUACACGUUGAAGCUGUAAAAUACAUUUGCCAGGGAUGCAAUGUGGGUUAAUCUACAUUAACUCAUAAAUACUACUUUACUUCACACUGCUAAGGCACACUGCUAAAACAGCUUUUCUAACUCUUGCUCAGGGCAGCAAAGUUGAAGUAUGUAUCUUGCAGCAGAAGAAUAAAGGUAAAAAAGACAUUUAAAAAUGCAUCAGGUGUCGAAAAAAGUGAAUUGCAUGUAAGUCUUGUUUUCUUCAGAUUGUUUUAGUGAAAUGAUACCCAGCCCACUGUCUGCUACACUGUAUCAGAAUCAGGCGGAGAGAAUGUCUUCAGAGGAACUGGUCAAACUGGUCAUGAAGGCUGUGACAGAAGUGAGAAAACCAAAUCCCAGCAUAAGUGAGGUUGUGUGGCCAAAGAAACCAAAGAGAAAAUCAAACAGCAGAGAAAUAUUUCUGUCAGUGCAGGCUAUGCGCCGCCUCACUCCAAGCCCAUUCUCAAUGGAAGCUGUGAAAGAAACUGAACAAACAGCAAAUACAGAGGAUGACCAAGGGGAACACUAUGCUCUCCAUUCUGUAUGUAGUUUAAGUCCCCAUAGUUAUUUUUUUUUUUAAUGUAUAUGUAUUUUCAAGUGAAACAGUCACAGAUCUUUGUGUCUCUGUUACAGAAUCAAUCUGAAACACCGGAUAUUCUGACUUCUGAGAAUCAAAGGUCUUUGUCUGCUCUUUCUUUCUCCUCUGCCUCAUCAGCACCUCUGUUGAAACAUCCUCACUUCUUUGACAGCACCAUAACUUUGCAGAGGAUUUCAGCUUUUCUCACUGAUCAGGAGAUCCAAACUAAAGAAGAUGAUGAAGACGAUGAGGACAAUUUCACCUCAGUGGAUGAUUCUUUGCCACAAUGCUGGGAGCCAAAACUGUCACCAGAUGGCGCCACAGAACAACUUUCCCUCUGUGACUUAGAUAAAAGUUUAAAGUCCCAAGAUAAAGUAACAGCUUAUGCUUUGCAAGGUGGAGAAGAUGACAGGAAGUACACACCAGGAGAGCAAGUUGCUGAUGAUUCUCCCAAAAUGGCCGCUUCAGGUUCCCACAAAAGGGAAGACCAGUCAGAUGGUUUUCUGGUGAUAUCAGCAGACCAGAAAGGGGAUGAGCACCACCAGCAAAAGGAAGCUCUGGGAUGUGGCAUUCAAGACUUCUCCAGUACACCAUCAACAACCCUCCAAGGUCCAGUGACUGACCUGAACCAAAGGUUGGUUUCAGAGGACAACACUGGCCCACCAACAAUUGAUAACACCACAUCUUCCUGUCUACUUGGCCCCUCAUUCACCAACAGACUGGCCAACUUCACUGAUUUCUCUGCAAAGCAAACAGAUGACAAACAGGCAGAAGGAAAGGAGCUUGCAGGUUGGAAAGGGAAGUCUCCACAACAAAGAGUCAUGAGUGGAAGAACACAAUCCAGAAAAGGCAAACGAGUGAAGAGAACAUGAUGAAAAUAAUGCAUGAAAAAAAAGAGUUUUUUGAAGACAUGAAUCUCGUUUAUAUAUCAUGAACUCACACUCUGUAACACUGACCGAUCAACUAAACAUUGGACAUACCAGCAACAUGCAGUACAUACUUUCUUGAAUGUUUCUCGGAGCUAUAUCUGAAAGUGUCACAAACAUUAUUAUAUAUAUAUAUAUAUAUAUUUUCACCAUUGUCUGUUCAAUAUUAAAAUGAUACAUGCUGUUCCAGAUAAAAACACAAAUACACCACAUUAAAAAUCCACUGAUGUUAUCUUUGGAAGUGAUUCCACUCUUUACAUUCUUUGCUGGCUUCCCCCAUGCAUGGAAAAAAAUGUGAUGUUUGCUUUGCAACCAUAGUAUCUCAUGAAAAAUGGAUGACCUCCCAAUGCUUUCUUCAGCCCAUUCCCCUCUAUAUUUACCCAGAGUCCAGGGAAUGCAUUUGGGUUAGCAUCCCUCCCCUUAUCCCUCUCUUGUUCGGGUGAGUGAAUAACUUAACACAUAUUUCAGGUUGACACACUUCUCCUGCGGAUCUCCCCUGGGCGCCCAGUUCACAAGCCCACACGUUGUAUUAUUUAAAAAUGGGCUUUGGAAUUCUGCUCAUGUAAUUUCCUCUUCGGGCUUUUUUUAAAUUUAAGACUUUGCCCUUGCAGUUGUUGUAGCACUUCUGAUACCAGAGGUUGUCCAAGGUCUAAUCAGGUAGGACAUCAGCUCGACUACAUUUAGUUAAUUUUGUGUUGAUUUAAUUAAUUUAUAUUUAUUUUUUGUGUCGAUUUAAUUAAUUUUUUAAAAAGGAUGAAUCCUUCUCUUUCUAAAUUAGCGAUACUAUUACAUAAUUAAAAAGUCAAAACAGAUUUAUGCAUAUUUCCCAGGAUUUAGAUUUUUUGUUACAAAAAUGUCACUAUAUCAAUUUAAGAUGAUAUGAACAAUCAAUGGGGAUUGCGUUCCAGUUGAAUGAAAUUUAAUAUUAGUAAAUUAAUAAGCAGCCUUCCAGGUUAAUUGGAGUAAACAGGAAAGACAAUCAGAGGUUCAGAUGUUGGAAUGACUCCUCUAAGGACCGUUCCAGUGGUUGCCCAAAGUCGGUCCUGGAGGGCCGGCAUCCUGCAUGUUUUAGUUCUCUCGCUGGUGGUAGCAACAACCUUUUCAGCAUGUUAAUGUUCUUCUUAAGCCUUCCAGUGAGCCAUCAUUGGACACAGGUGCAUCAAAACCAACCAUAUUUUGUUUUGACUAAAUCUAAAGUCCAGAGCAUCCAUUAAAAGUUACAUUUUGGAGGAAAAAAAAGCUUCUGCAGCUGAAAGAUGAAUUUUGUAUGGGGUGUGUA